AUGGGAGAACGAAAAGGGCAGAACUUAUACUACCCACCCGACUAUGAUCCUAAAGUCGGGGGUCUCAACAAGUUUAUGGGUACCCAUGCCUUACGAGAAAGAGCCAGAAAGUUACAUAUGGGUAUCCUUAUCAUACGAUUUGAAAUGCCAUAUAACAUAUGGUGUGAUGGAUGUAAGAACCACAUCGGUAUGGGAGUUAGAUAUAAUGCGGAGAAGACAAAAAUCGGAAUGUACUACAGUACUCCUGUCUACCAGUUUCGGAUGAAAUGUCAUUUAUGUGAUAAUCAUUUUGAAAUUAAAACUGAUCCAGCUAAUCUAGACUAUGUCAUCGUGUCCGGAGCUAGACGUCAGGAAAACAGAUGGGAUCCGACAGAGAACGGGCAGAUUGUUCCAGAUACGAAAGAAACACAAAAACGUCUGUUCGAUGAUGCUAUGUUCAAGUUGGAACAUAAAACAGGAGAUGAAGACACGAGUAAACUUGCUAAACCACGGCUCGGCCUGCUCGUUGGUCGGAAUGAAAUGGUCUGGAAAGAUGAUUACGAAGCCAAUUGUGCCCUCCGUAGGAAGUUCCGGAAACGAAGAAAGGAGUUAGAAGAAUCAGCAGUUAACGAUGGCCUAAUACUUGCAAAAUCUUCUCUUAAUAUAAAUCUGCUACCUGAAACAGAAGAAGAUAAAAACAUGGCUGCUUUGCUCGCCCUAAGACCAUCACGAACUAUAGAAGAAAAGCAGAGUGCGGUCCGUAGCAAAAUAAUCAAUAGCCCAGCCUUACCAAGCUCCAAAGGACUGUUAACAAGCUUUGGUGGACUCAAGAAAGAAGAAUCCUUGAGCAAAGCAGCGCCUUUAACUCGUAACUCAUUAGGAAUUACGAUAAAAAGAAGUAAACGUAAUGAAAACAGUGAUUGCUCGGAUACCAAAUCCAUUGAAAAUGAAGAUUUAGUUUCAAAAGAUAAACUAGAUAAUAGUACUGAGUCGGAAACAACAAAAAAUGAAAAUAAAGUUUCAUUGGUCUGUGAUUAUAGUUCAAGUGGCGAAGAUGGUGAUUAAUUUCUGUAUAUAUUUAAUACAAGUUAUAAUAAAUACAAAUGUGAUAUACAAUCACAAGCCAUGAUAGCUCAGUGGAUAAAUCAUUUGGAUCUUUACUGUCGACAGUGUCUGAUUUACUAAGAUUUUUUAAGUACAGAAAAAUUUUACAUAACAUCAAAAAUAAAGAGAUAUGAUAAAAGUGCAGUAUUCUGCAGUUGUGGGUGUUUUUCUGAGUAAAAUCCAUAGCAGAAAUCGUCUACAAUCGGCAUUGGAAUAGCAAACUGUCACAGUAUAGUACAGUACAACAAUUGUUUCACAACUGUUCUCCUGUCCAAUGGUCAUCGCGUAAAUGUAUCUUGUAUAUGAACAUAUUAUAAUGUAUCUUGUAUAUGAACGUAUAAAAAGUUAGUAAAAAUUAUUCUAUGUAUAUAGAAAUUUACUAGAGAUAUGUGUUAAAAACAUAUAAUUGUUAAAAAGUAUUUUUUUUUUACCAAAUUGUUCAAAUUUGUUAAAAUUAUUACCUUGUAUGUGUAUUAGUUGUAAAUGUGUAACAAACUAAUGUUUAUUAGCUUAAUACUGUAAAAUAUGUAUAUACCCUUUAGUACAUAGUAAUACUUGUAUUCGUUUUAUCAAUAUAAAUAAAAAAUACUUUUUUAAAAUA